AUGUUCACAAGAAAGAUCCCCCUUCUCCUAGGCCUCCUAAAUCCCAUCUCCGCCUUCCAACCUCAAACCCUCGCCUCGCCAAAAAUCCCCUCCAAACUCCCCUCCUUCGUAACAGAAUUCGCCCCCCUAGUCCACCUCUACUCCAAAGACCCCUAUCGACCCUCGGACAUCUCCGCCCAACUCCUCAACACCCGUCCUUACACCUCAAACUACACCCCCAUAUCCAACCCUCCCAACCCUCUGACCUUGAACAGCCUCAACUCCCUCAACUCCUAUGGAAAAGUCUACCUAACAUCCACCCUGGACCCCACAACAUCCCCUCGACCUCCCUAUCUCUACGGCGUCUCUCCUUCCCCCUCAGGCGAAACCCCCAACGCCACCUCCGCAACAAUCAUCCUCGUCGACCAUGGGAAUGCAACUGUAGAUGUUUUUUACAUGUAUUUCUACGCUUUCGAUUACGGAGGCGAUUACCUGGCCCGGCAAAUUAAUGUGGGGAAUCAUGUGGGGGAUUGGGAGCAUAAUAUGCUGCGUUUCGUGGAGGGGAAACCGAGGGAAAUGUGGUUUUCGCAACAUGCGGGUGGACAGGCGUUUGAGUAUUCUGCCGUGGAGAAGUUUGAGGGGGGUGGAAGGCCCGUGGUAUAUUCCGCCAACGGCACACAUGCCAACUAUGCGAAACCGGGUACGCACGACCAUACGAUUCCCGGAGUGGAUCUUCCGGUGGGAUUACUAGAAGAUCAUACCGAUGCGGGACCCCUGUGGGAUCCGACUCUUUCUGCCUAUUAUUACAGUUUUGAUCCCCAGACUUCAAAAUUUGAGGCGUAUGACGAUGAUGAUGAGAGUACGCCGGUGGCGUGGUUGUAUUUCACGGGGAAUUGGGGAGAUGAAAAGUAUGCGAAAAGUGACCCGAGACAGGAUUGUCCGUUGGGUGUGGAUGCUUUGUGUCGAUACUCGGGCGGACCUACGGGACCUAUCGACAAGGAUCUGGACCGGAAGAAUGUUUGUCCGGAUAGUCAGGAGAUUUGCAUUGCUUUGCCUUUGGUGCUCUAG